UUUGUCAUUUGUGUCGAACGACAAUAAAUACAAAAACUCGCAGAAAUUGACUGGUGAUGGAUGUUAAAAAACCGUGAUUUGUAAAAAAAAGUUUAUAAAAUAACUCAGGAAAAUAAAUUGGUAGCUAUUAUUACAACUACGAGCUGCAUGCAAAGCGUGAGUGAAAAUGUGUUCAACGUAACAAAAGUGAAGUGAUAAAGCGAAAUAUUGUGCACAGCAGAUUUUUCUUUGUGGAGUAGAGAAAAAGAAAAGAAAAAUUCCAACACAGCAAUAAGUGAAAAAGCUGUACAAAUCGCUAAAAGCUGUUGAUUAAGUAAAAGUGCAGACAAAGAAAAAAAUAAAAAAUGCAGUGAGUGAUAAUUAUUGCUAUACGUAGUCGUGAUAGAGUCGGUUUUAUUUGUAUGACUGGGAUAGCCCGAAAAUGGUGUCGCUGAUUAAGAAUCAACUCUUGAAGCACCUCUCAAUCUACACGAAGAAUUUGUCAUCGGAUAAAAUUAAUUUAAGCACAUUUCGUGGUGAGGGGGAUCUGGUGAAUUUACAGCUGGACGAAGCAGUGCUCACUGAACUGUUAGAGUUGCCUUCAUGGCUGCGACUCACAUCGGCUUGGUGCAAUCAUGUGUCCUUCCGUAUUAGCUGGACAAAACUGAAAAGUGUGCCAAUAACGCUGACACUGGACGAGGUGAACAUCAGCGUUGAAACCUGUGAUCCGAGCACCAGAAAUCAGGAUGCCAAUUCGCCGGGUGGUGUUGGGAGUGGAGGUGGCAGUGGCAGUGGCAGUGCCGGCGGUGCAACGGCUCAAUCAUCACUGCCACAGGUGCCGCAGGGCAAAUAUAGUUUCAUCCACAAGGUGGUGGAUGGCAUUACCAUUAUUGUAAAUACGGUGAAUGUGAAAUUCUUGAGUGCAGCGUUCACGGCCUCAGUGCAGAUGUCCCGUAUCCGCGUUGAAUCGAAAACCCCCAAAUGGGCCAAUGCCGAUCUACGUUUUACGCGCCUCAAAGACGUCCAAAAAGGCAUCAUACUUAUCUUCAAAGAGCUCUCCUGGCAAACGGUGCGCAUCGAGGCCAGUUCUACGCAGGACAAAUCGCUCACUCCAUUACGUUUGCUCACCAAUCAGGCGCGCUGUCGCAUCACUUUACGAAAACGUCUUUCCGAUUGUACGCUAUUGGCCUCACGACUGGUGCUCAUACUCGACGAUCUCCUCUGGGUGCUCACUGACUCGCAGCUAAAGGCGGCCUUACACUUUGUCGACUCCUUAUCUGGUCUAAUCAAAGCGGCGACACAUGCAACACAAAAAAAGAAUGCGGCUAGAAAAUUACAGACUCUGCCCGAGUAUCAGGCGUUGAUAGCGCAACAACAAAAUCGUCAGUUUGAUUCAGCGAAAACAACCACAGCCCAGAAAAUGUUCAAUGCUUUCGACGUGCGUGAAACUUCCUAUCAUUUUUUCAGUCAGCGCAUCGAUUUGCAUUUGUGUGACGAUGAAGGAGAUGGCCGUUCAACUUAUCCGGAGUUAGAUAAAGGCGGUGCUUUACAAAUAUCUGUGCAAGCAUUCCAAGUAGACUAUUAUCCUUAUCAUCUGGCCAAAUCCGAUCGCGCACAUUGGGCGAAAUAUCGUGAAGCAUCCGUGUCACCGGCGCUGUGGCUAAAAGAAUCCCUCAAUACAUUCCGCGAAGCUGUACUCAACCUAAGUCAACCCAAUCGCCCUUCCACCCAUGCCCCCCUCGAGCGCACUGCACCAACUUCCCCUGUGGCACUGAAUGUGAAUGCACUACAAUCGCAAACGCCCGCAUAUGCGGCCACAGUUGGUGGUACACCACCUGUUGCUGCGGCGUCAGGUGCAAAUACGCCUAAUCGCCCUAGCAGUAGCGGGGGUUCAGGCAAUACUUCGGCGUUCGCUAGCCAGGUGACGCAAGCGCAGCAACAGAAGGCGACACUAGAUAAUUUAGCGAAAUUGAUGAGUGCCUGUGUUGUGUUACGUAUAGAAGAUUUCACAUUGUACCGCGUCACUACGUCGGGUAGAAAGCAAAUGCCCAAGGAAUUUGUGUCGGGUGAUAAGGAACGCUAUUCGUUCCCCUCUGAUAUGUCCAUCGUACAUGCCGAGUUUACUUACUUUUAUUAUCCCGGUGAUUUUAUAUUUCCUUUGCCGCCGUCCAAGGUAUUUGUUCACAUUAAUCCCUUACAAGUGCACUUCGAUCUAAGUUCCAUACUCUGGCUUAAUUCAUUUGCUCUGAAUUUACAUGAGAGCCUAUUGCGCACCAGCGUCGGCUCGGCGAGUGGUGCUUCUUCCACCGCACGCGGUUCAAUCUCUUCGAAUGGCUCGCAACGCGCUCAAGGUUCGCAAGGUUCGCAGGGCUCACAAGACUCGCAAGCCUCACAAUUGGCCGCGUCACAGGCAGAGCAAGAGCCCAACCUCAUGUAUAUGGAUGUGAAGAUUGAAGCGAUUAUGCCGCGCAUUAUUAUCGAGUCAACCGUAGAUGUGCCCAAUCAAAAGGAUCGUCCAAAAAUCAUGCAAAUACAAAUCUCCCGUUUCGCCAUAACCAACAUACGCGAAAUGGGCUCAUCGCGCGCUGAUUUGGCGCAAGCAUUACAUUCAUUGCAGGAGGGCUCGCUAGUAUUUGGCACGGAAUUUCCAUCGGUGGGUGGCGAUAUGUGUAUUGUUACCGAUCGCAUACUUUCGCAUGUGGCUGCCGCGGAUGUAGGUGCCUCGGCUACGACGAUACCGCCAACAGCAACACAAAUCCCAACGCAAAUACAGCAGCCGAAAUCCGCAUCAACACAGAAUUUAACACGCUACGCCAUGUGGUCGGAACCGCGCGACGUGUGGUGUAUUAAGUUGGAUCCGGUGUGGGUGGACUUCUUGGGUGCACGCUCCUUAGGGCCCAAUAAAUCAAUACCAUUCGUCGAUGCUGUCCCCAUAACGCUGUGGCUGCACUCUGGCGCUAAUCCCAUGCCAAAGUCGACUGCGGCGAGUGCCACUAAUAAUUCGUAUGCAUCCAGCGAGAAAGGUUCUUCCGUUGAAACGAAUAUCAAUUGUAUGGAUUAUGCGGAUAGUCGGAAUUUGCCGCGUAAUCCAUUUCUCAGUGAGGAGGAUGUGCGUAUGGGCCUGGAUUGGAAGCAUUAUCGCGCUUUUAAUGGUGCCGAUCCUAGUGGCGGCGAUGCUACGGCUGGUGGUAGGGCGAACGAAGGCCCCGCCGCCUCCAACACUGAACGUACCGCCGAUAUGCAUGCCAUUGCGCACAUUUCCAAUUUGGUGAGUGUGCAAAUCGAUCACUAUCAGUACUUGUUCCUAUUGCGGCUUGCUGAGGAAAUGACAGAGAUGGCCAUGUUCCUGUCAUUGGAUGCCGAGCGUAUUUUACAAAAGCAAAAUACGAAGAAAUCGAUGAUAUUCGGUUGUGUUAUACCGCAAAUUGAAGUAACACUCGUGAUGCCAUCGCAAACACCUGGUAAGGAAUCGAGUGGUGGUGAUGCUGAAAGUGUCUUACUCGAUUCAACUAGUGUGGGUGAUGAUUUACACAGGAAUAGUACAAACACUAUAUGGCCUACACCACCGCUGGAGCAAGUCAAGAGCAAUAUUUAUGGCAGUGUGGAAACACCUUCUCCGGUCACUACUGAGCCACUCUACGAUGGUGGCUUCCAUAUCUCCAAUCCCAAUACACACGGUUAUAAUGUACAAAUACAAAGUACUCCAACGGUUGCGUCCUCCACACCCAGUCAGGGAUCACGUCCCGACACUGGUGUUUAUUCGCAGUCCAUAACAGCAUCGACGAAAAGUGUACGCUCAACACGUACCUCCACCACAGGCGAUGCGACCAGCAUAACGAAAGAAAUUAAUUCUAGUCUCAUGUCUAUGAAGAAAGGCUUCUCCAGUUUUAUGACGUCCAUAGAUUCGGCCAUUAAGUCGGGCGCACCAAAUGAUGAUACAAGUGAUACAUUCUCCAUACAAAGUGAUAUUAGCUCUGAUUCGGAAAAUUUCGCCAUAGUUAUGGGCGAUGAUAAAACCAUGGAUUGCAUUGAUGUGAUGUUUAGAUUAAAUCCCUUCACCAGUGACAACAACUUGAAGGCAUCACCCGUCGAGGUGGCCAGCGAAGUGCUUGAGGAACCCUGUUAUAAUAAAACCAAUUUAUCAUCACCCUCAGAACCGUCUGAAGCGAGCACGUGGCGGCGGCGUGACUUAGUUUCUAUGGCUACUUUUAGGCUAACCACAGUCGAAUUGAUACGCCAAAACGAGGGCAAUUCGUCAUCAUUGCGCGUACAGGUGGCAGCUGUUUCAUGUGAUGAGUGUGGCGCCAUUCCCUGGGAUGAAUUGCAGAAAGCCCAACAAGCAAAGAAGAACAAAUUUGGCGCGCGUUGUAAAGCUUGGAAUUUGGCGCCCUACAAUCCAGAGUUGCCGCCAUGUAUACGCUUACGCUUGGAGGAAACAAUGAACCCACCACAAGGCAAUGUAAGCAUCAACGACAAGAAGUCCAUACAGAGUUGGAUCACUCAUAACGCGGAGGUGCGUGUGAAGGAUGUUAAUUUGGAUUUGUCCAUGAGCACCGUAAUAGGUUUGGGUGAUCUGGCCGAAGAUGAAAUUAUCACUAACUCGUUGCCUGUUACUGUGCAUGUGGAAAAUGUGAAAAUAAACUUAAUUGAAGAUCGUCCACCUGUUAAUAUUACCUCACCGGGUCCAGUGCCAAUACGCUUGGCCAUAGGUCGCAUGCGUAUUCACCGUGACAAGAAUGGCAUUGUCAAUAUUCAACCUAUAGAAACCAGUUUUAAUGACGCCGCCUCCUUAAAUUAUCCACUCACCGCUGCCGCUGUGAAACCACGCGAUCGCGAACGUGAUCGUGAAAUACUUUCAAUGCAGCUGGUUAUGCAACAACUAAAAAUGGACAAUGAUAAUUUGCGUAGACAGUUGGUAAAUGCGAAAGAAAAUGCCGAUUGCUAUAGACAAAAGAGCAAACAAGAUAAUGAUGUGCUGCGUUCAUAUCUCAAAGCGGCACAAGACGACAUAACCAUACUUUUGGAAGAGAAAAAGGCCUUACUGGACACGAUACGUUCGCUGCAGUUGAAUCUGAAUUCUCUCAACAUUUCUGAUGCAAGGAUCAAAGCUUCAACUGACAUCAUCGAAUAUAAAUAGAAAAGGCGAUGGCAACAGGUAACACAACUGCAUGGAUUGCAUACAGUGCUGCGGCGAGAAUAACAAUCCAUGAAAUACAAUACCACCAGCAACGGCAACAACAACAACUACAGCAGCUACAACAUCAGCAACAUCAGCAACACACAUGCGGCGAAGGCUAAGUAAUGCAUUCCUUACUUUGUCUAUUUUCAAAUCAUGCCGAAAUUCGCGGCAAUCGUCGAGGGAGCAAUACAACCAAUAACUGUUAUUUGGUUAAAACAACAAAUAUUCCGUUCAAAUGUACUCGUUAAUGUACUAUAUUUUACUCUAAAAACUUACUCUUUGUUGUUUUUUUUUUUCAUUUCUAUAAGAUUAUAUUAAAUUUUUUUAUCAAACUUAACUAAAAUUUAUCUAGGUUUUAAAAAGACUGAAUAUCGCUUUGCGUUGUGUUGUUCAAGAGUAAGAAAAAUAAAAUGCGUUAUUUAAUUUCGAUAAAAAAAAAUGCUCAAAAUUUGUGUUUGCAUAGCGAAUUGAUUUUCUAGCUCAGCUUUCAUCAUUUAGUUAUUCUCCUAUGUUUUUAAUAUAACUAUUAUACAAGGUGGCACAAGACUAAUCAAUCUAUUGGAAGAUUUAUAAUUUUUUGCAAAUGGCGUCGUAUGUCAAUCGUAAUUGACACUUGUGAACUCGAUAGCUGCAUUAGACAAACAGAAAAGCAAUGGUGCGCUC